CUCAGUGGCAUUUGGUACCCUCACAAUGUUGUGCAAUCAAUACCUCAUUUACCUUUACAUCACAACCCCCUCCUGACUGACUACACCUUAUCAUCCAUUCUUGACCCUGUCAUUCUCAUGUUUUUUUCCAAUUCACACCAGCUGUAUCUGUCCACACUCCUUGGGGAUGUUCUCACAGAAAUCCCUAAUAGUCUGUCAUCUUUGCAUUUUAAAAUUGUAUCUUCUGUCCCACCUUGGGACAUGUGAUAUCCUAACUCGAAGUCAGGCACGAGAGCUGACCCAGUUACGGCGGACAUUACGGGAAGUGAAAGAGACUGUCCUACUCCAGCAGCACCUCAAGGACUUCCUCAUCCACAACGACCUUGACAACCACCAGGGGCAGGGCUUCCAAGAGCGGCUGAUGGAGGGACACAGGCUGGCAGAGCACCUUGCCCACAAGCUCAGCCCAGAAAUUCAUGAAGAUGAGGAGGAUGAACAAGCACAAGAGACACUCACACACAGUGGGGAGCUGCAGGAGGUUGAAAAGAAGGAAGUGCCUCAGGAAUCCCAGGAUGAAUGUGUUUUGACUCCUUCAAUUCUCCAAGGAAGUUCUGACUGCAACCAGCCCUACAGUGAUGGCAAAUUUGCAUUUGAUGAAUCAGAAGUGGGCCCUGCUCCGGAUGGAGCCUGUGGUUGCUCCCAUGCUAAAGAGGAUGAAAUUCCAACCGAUCUCCCAGACACAAUGGCAGACUUGCAUAUACAUUAGGAGAGGUUGUUUCCCUGCUCUCAGUCCCAGUCUCCAUCUUCUCUAUGUUGGCUUCUGUUAACUAAGCAGUCAUCCGAAAACCAGGACAGACACAGCUGUACCACUGCCUUGUUUGGAUGUUUCCAUGGAGCAAGGCUGGGCUCUGGCAGUCCCUUCAGCCUUGAAUGGCCAUGGUUUCUGUGUCGCACCAAAGAUUCUUUUUGGUUUGAGGGUUUAUACAAUUCAUCCAUCACUCUAGUCUCAAGUAUAAAUUCCUCUAAACCAUCAGCAACCACAUAAUCUGAUGGGACUAACCAAUAUUGUAGAAACAAUUCUAGAAAAUAACUCAGCUCAUUUUCUAGGAUCAUUGGGGAAAAUAUAUUAUUAACUAUUUAUACAGGCUCAGAACAAAGGAUAUUGGGAGAGCGCUUUACCAGAUCAAUAAGAGAAUUUCCCUGACGGGUCUGGGGUCCAGUCUAAUUCUAAGACUUAAGUGUCCUGGAAUGUCUCUGCUAAUGUAUUAUGUUCUUGCACUGAGAAUAUUAAUGUCCUUGUGGUGUGUUCACUGAGUAAGUAUGUGUGAGGCGUGAUUUGCUUAUUGUGACCCACUGUCUCUGAAUUUCUUACUAGACAAUCAAAAUGAUCAUAAGCAAGUGGAUGGACAAGAGCCAAUGUCCAUACUUUCUUUUUGGUGGUAGAAUCUACAGCAGUGCUGUAAUGUAAUAAAAAUG